AUGAAGUUUGUCUUUUUCCAUUUUUUGGUUCUGGUUUCAAAGGUUGGUUGAUUAUAGGUUUGAAAUUUGAGCUAACUUGAAAAAUAAAAUGAUAUCAUAUUAGGCUUAUUAAUUAUAGGCUUGAAUAUUUUAGUUCGCGGGAAAAUUCUGAAAACUUAACUCAAACUUUAAAUUUCACCUGAGGCCUGAAACUUUUCAAAAAUAAACUUUCUAUAAGUUUUUUGUACGUAGUAUGACCGGAAAAAAAAGGAAAAAUCUGAAAUCCAACUAGAAGUCGACUAAAAAAGUUCCCUUUUCAAAUACACCCCAUAAAAUUCGAGUUAGCACAAGCCACAGACCACAAAAACUUCAAAAAUAAAAACACGCCUCCCCCUAUUUUUCCAAUCAAAAAAAUCCUCUUGAGAUUUCAUUUCAGAUCUUUGGUUCAUCACAAGAAAAUGAAAACGUGACCAAAAUCGAGAAACCCGAAAUUUUGGAACAAUUAGACCCAUCGAUUUAUAUGAGACAAUCUGGAAUGUAUCCUCAAAACUUUCAGAGUCAACAAUUUUUGAUGCAGGGUGGUAAGAGUCUAGAAUAAGUGCGUACCCAAACAGAAAGCCCUUAUAUAUUUCAGCCCCAAACAUCGGCUUCACUUGCAAAUGCACACAAAAAUCCCUCAACAACCCGAUUCUAACAAAUCCGUUGGGCUCAACAUUGGAUGCAAAUCAAGUUGCUCAACAACAAAUUUUACAACUUCAGGAUCAAGUUCGCAGACAGCAGGAGAUUAUCAACAGACAGGCUUUGGCCAAGAGUGGAAUUGAGAAUUUUGGUGAGAGAAUUUGAAAAAGUAAAUAACUUGAAAAAAAUAAUCUCUCGAGAGAAUUGAGUUUUUCGGAAGAAGAAGAAAAAAGGAUUAAAACUACAAAUGUUGAAUUUGGGCUGCUGGAAAUUUGGAUAUUUCCUAUAUUUUAGGUAGCUCAUACAAAAUUUUUGAUUUGUUCAAGCUUCAGAAUCAUUUCUCACAGCUUCAAUAUUUUUUUUUCAAGAAUUCAAAAAUUCCAAAAAUGUUUCUUGAAAAAAAAUGAUUUUUUUUCGAAAAAAAAAUCGAGUAGGAUUAAAAAUCCAACUUUCUGACAAAAAAACAUGAAUAAAAAAGUAGAAGUCAGCAAAAAAUUGGGGAAAUUGGAUUGCGUGUUUUUGUUGACCCCAACUGAAAAAAAAAACAAGGGGCUUCGGAUUUCCACCCACUAACUGACUGACUGACUGACAAUAUAUAAAAAAUGAAAAAAUGCGAUAAAAAUGAAUUGGGGAAUUUGUGUUGUAUUGACAGAGAGCCAACCCACGAAUGAAUAUUUCAAUAUUGUUGUUUUAUUUUUCACAGCCAACCUUAUUGCUUUGGCCAAUUCGCUCGAUUGCACAUGCUCAUCAGACACCAACACAAAUACAAACACGAUGAGUCCAAUGUCUGGCUUCCCUCAAAAUAUGGGGUCGAUUUAUCAAGGAGCUGCUUCUGGAUUUCCGGCUGGUGGAUUUGUUCAAAGAGGUGUUCCGAUUGUUCAUUUUGCACAAACUCAACCAAUGGUCGAAAUGCCGUUCAAAAAAUGA